UUUUCGAGGUGGUUUUUGAAUGACAACCUGUGGUCCCACAAAGACGGAAUUUUGGCGAGGUCUUACAUAUGGUGUAUAUGCUGAAAGAGAAAAGAAAUUGUUACUUUAAAUAAGCAACAGUAGAGAAAUUGAAUACAGAAAAUUGGAAAAUUUAUUUCAUUUUUUAAAACAAACAAAACAUAAAUUAUAUUUCAUUUGGUUUUAAAAAGCAAAACCUUAAAUAUGGCUGAAAUUGUUGGCUGUUAUCAGGAACGAACAAUUCCUGAAUAUGAAUAUAUUCGAAAACAUAAAGUAAUGACUGAAGAAAGAUUGAGAUCUAUAAUAAAAACUCGAGAAAACUAUCAAUAUAAAUUAACCAAAAAUCAUAGAACCCUUCGAGAUUACGGGACAUAUGUUGUUUUCGAGAAGAAACUUCACGAAAUGGUCAAGCAAAUGGAAAGAAAUCGAAACGAAGAAUUUUCCGGUCUCAAGCAAGCCUUGGCUAAUCGGAUUGUUCGUCUUUAUAAGGAAGCAAUUCGUUUCUAUCCGAAUGAGGGUCGUUUACUUGAUGCAUAUUUAAAGUUUUGCAAAUUUAAUUUUCCAUCCGAAGUACCGAAUGCAUUUGAAACGAUUAUUCAGAAACGUGGAGAUAAACCAAAAGUCUGGAAUAAUGCAGCCAUGUGGUUCCACGAACAAGGCAACAAUAUGGAACAAGUUAAAGGUAUCUUCUUCCGUGCACUUCAACGCCAUCCCGAUAGUGAAUUGUUGUUCACAUCAUUCUUUCGCGUACUCCUCUCCGAAACUGCAGAAAUGCCCAAAGAUCUACAAUUAGCUAGCUUGGAGCGUGUCAUGUCCAUAUACAAUGCAGCAAAAAAGAAAAUCUGUAACAUUAAAUUUCUGGUUAACCUUAUUAAACAGUGUCAGGAAGAGCAACAUGUUGAAUUCACAAAACCACUUCAAGAACUCAUUCUCAAUGACAUGUUAUUGUUAUAUCCACGUGAAGAAGAUGUCUGGGAUAUAUUGGCACGUCGUGUAUUGGCUGGCGAACCUAUUGACAAUUUCCUUGACCAAGCGGCAGCUAAUGGAUUUGCAUCUGAAAUAAGAAAUAAUGACGCAAUGGACACCAAAGACAUGAAAGAUGAUCUAACUACAACACCCAAGCCGACUCUAAAAGCCCGCAUCGAAGGAUGCUUUAAAGUUUAUCAAACUGCGAUUGCUAUUCUGAAAACCCCAGCAAUAUGGUCAUUAUUAAUCCGCUGCAUGAUUGAGCUUAACAAUGAUUUAACUACCCAGCCAGUGUUAAAGCGCAAAAAGUUAGCCACUGCGUUUAGAGGAGCACACGACGCCAAUUGCAUGUCUGAGGAACAUUACCACGCCUACAUAACACUCUUAUUGGAAUCCAAUUCCGACAAAGAUUUCACCAUGCAAAUAAUGGUCGAAGCCACAACGCGUUUCACUUCGUUGAAAUUGUGGGAACAACGUUUGGGCUAUCAUAUCAUGCAAAACGAUAAAGUCAAAGUCUAUGAAGUCUUUCGUCAAGCCACCGAAUUGCUAGGAGUUAAUUCCUUUCCCAUAUGGAAACUGACCAUUCAAUUCUUUAUGUUAGCCUUAGCAGAUAAAAACAAGUUUCUGCAAAUUAUGAGAGAAGCAUGUGCUAUUGAUGCACCACAGUUCUUGGCAUUCCGGCCACAAUUCUUGGAAUGGUCGGUGGUUAAUCAACCAUUUACAGCAACUCGUUUGUUGUAUGAAGAGCUGAGAACUCUAACACCACCCAGUUUGGAAUUGCAUCGAAAAAUGGCUCUUUUAGAAACUCAAAGACUUAAACCUGAUAUUGAAAUGGUUAGACAUUGCUAUGAGAAUGCUUUGUUUGAUUUUGGUAAAAUGCACACAGCCGUUUGGAUUGAAUUUAUUAAAUUCGAACGUGAUAUAGGUGAACCAAAACGAAUGUCGGCUUUAUGCGAACGGGCAAAGAACACUCUUGCGCCAAUGUUUGUUGACAAUUUUGUUACAGAACAUUGUCUGCUUAUGGUUGCAACUUAUAAAUGAAGAGAAAAUGAUUUAUAUUUAUUUCAUUUUAUUAAUAUUUUGUUUUGUUUUUAAUUAACUGAUAAGAGAGAUAAGAGCGAAGUUAGCAUUUUAAUUUUAAAAUAUUUUAACUUAACCUUAAAGGAAAAAAGGUUUAAAAUAAAAUGUUAUUGUAAAUUUGA